UGAUGCCAUCGCGUUUCUGAAGACCCAACCCAACCCAACCGGAAGACAACAGAUUUUUUUUUAUCCUUUUGAUGCGAUGCUAAUUUGUGACUGCCAGCGCUAAGUAUUGAUACUAUUUGCGCCUGAAGGCGAACAUAUUAAUAAAAUGCCCUUAUUUGAUGGGUUGGGAAGUGGAGGAGAGAAGACUGCAAUCGUCAUUGACUUAGGAGCAGCAUACACAAAAUGUGGCUUUGCAGGGGAAACGGGGCCCAGGUUCAUAAUUCCGAGCGAAAUCCGGAAACCGGGACAGCAGCAGGCCAUCAAAGUGGUUCAGUACAACAUCAACACAGAAGAACUUUAUGUCAUCCUCAAAGAGUUUAUCCAUAUACUGUACUUCAGGCACCUGCUGGUGAACCCUCGCGACAGAAGAGUGGUCAUCAUCGAGUCCAUCCUCUGCCCGUCUCACUUCAGAGAGACGCUCACCAAAGUUUUCUUCAAACAGUUUGAGGUGCCCUCUGUGUUGUUUGCUCCAAGUCACCUCAUGGCCAUCAUGACUCUGGGCAUAAACUCUGCUCUGGUGAUGGACUGUGGCUACACAGAGACACUGGUCCUACCUGUUUAUGAAUGCACACCUAUUCUGCCAGCUUGGGAGGCUUUGCCUUUGGGAGGUAAAGCCAUCCAUAAAGAAUUAGAUGGACUUCUUGUAGAACAGUGUACCGUGGACACAGACACCAGCACUGGGCAGAGUGUGCCGGCGGUUAUUGGGACCAUCCCAGAGGAGACUGUGGAGGAUAUUAAGGUCAGAACAUGUUUUGUCAGUGACCUGCAGAGGGGCCUCAAGAUCCAGGAAGCCAAGUUCAACCUGGAUGGUACAGCUGAGCGCCCAGCCCCUCCUCCAGAUGUUGAAUAUCCUCUGGAUGGUGAGAAAAUCCUGCACAUCAAAGGAUCAAUCAGGGACUCUGUGAUGGAGAUCCUGUUUGAACAGGACAAUGAAGAGAAGAGUGUGGCCACUCUGAUACUUGACACUCUGGUCAAGUGCCCCAUUGAUGCACGGAAGGUGCUUUCCGAGAACCUGGUUGUGAUCGGAGGCACAGCCAUGCUGCCAGGCUUCCUGCACCGGCUGCUGGCGGAGUUACGCCUCCUGGUGGAGAAACCCAAGUACAGCAGCGUGCUGGCAAGCAAGAGCUUACGGAUUCACGCUCCACCUGCCAAGCCCAACUGCACCGCCUGGCUGGGAGGUGCUAUCUUUGGGGCGCUGCAGGACAUCUUGGGCAGCAGGUCAGUGUCACGAGACUACUACAACCAGACGGGCCGCAUCCCAGACUGGUGCUGCUUGAGUUCCCCUCCUCCUGAAUCUCUGUACGAAGCAGGAAAGACGCCUCCUCCACUCAUGAAGAGAGCCUUCUCCACAGAGAAGUAGAACAUGCCCUAACGUCAUUCAAACAAUGUACUCUCCUUUACUCUACCCGAUAGAACAGUAAUCAACAUCAGUAAUCUUGAGUGUAACAUAUUGUUCAUGUUUCAACUACACAGACAGUUCUAGAUGUUUGUAUCAUCUAAAAGUCACGCCCACAUUUUUGUAUUCACUGACUGUGGACUGUUUGAUGAUGAGGUGAGCUGGUUUCUGACCAUACCAGACAGAACAGGAUUUUCAACAUUGAUUCACAUUGAUAUUUUACAAAGUGUUAGAAUUUCAAGUACUUGCCGUCUUUUCCUGUCAUUUGAAGUCUCACUGACUAAGACACUGAAACCGUACGUGCUUACUGUCACUCAAUUUCUAACCAUUGCAAGUUGUAAUUGCAUCAUGCUCAGCAGAAAUGUUUCCAGUGAUGACCCAGUUGCAUUUUAGUCAUCCACUGCUGUCAACAAGAUGACAGAAAAUGUUGCAAAAAUUCGGAGAAAACAGACUUUGGCCCGGGAUGAUGUAUGAUCAAGUGUGGAAACCUGAGGGGAUUUAAACAGUAAUGUCUGAUUGAGUUUCAAAAGACAGAAGUUUCAUUUAUUAGUUGUUAUUUAUUGUUUGGAGUUAAUAAAGUGCACUCUAUAAUAAUGUGCACUCACACAAGUGUUCUCAGUUAUUCCAGCUACAUAACUGCUUUUCAUGUUAAAGCAGGGUGGAGGUAUCCAAAAUGCACAUAUACUCACACACUAAGAUUUAAGUUGUUCCACCCUGAUGAGUGUACCACAUUUAACAGGGUGUCAGGGACGUGUCAGUCAGCCAUGCUCUCAACGCAUCAGCCCAUCCCUUAGAAGCCGUUAAAUCAAGUGAAAUGAUCGACAUCACUUGUGUGUGUGUUGACAAUAUUUAACAGACUUAAAAACAUCUUCCAAAUGAUGCCUGGAUCCUUUAAAUUCAACUACUACAACAAAUAAAUGUUCAAAAUUCAAUCUGA